AUGCCACUCCACUCCCAGGUUCACCCCCUCCUCGUCCUCCUACUGCUGGUUCUUUCCGUCUCCAUUCCUUCCGACUCUGCCUCCUCUUCUUGCCCCGGCGGCGGCGACGACGCGGCCAUCGUCGCCGCCGCGUUCCGGCACGUGCGCAACUUCCAGCCGCAGACCGUGCCGGCAUGCACGCCUGUCCAGGAGCUCCGCCUACCGUCCCGGAACCUCACGGGCGCCGUGGCGUGGGCGUCGCUCGCGAACCUGUCCGCCCUCGCGGCGCUCGACCUCUCCGGGAACGCGCUCCGGGGUGCCAUCCCCGGCGGGUUCUGGCGCGCGCCGUCGCUUCUCUCCGUGGACGUAUCCGGGAACCAGCUCGGCGGCUCGCUGCGGGUCGAGCCGAGCCCGCGGCUCCGGUCCCUCAACGUGUCCGGCAACCGCUUCACCGGCGUGGCCGGGCUGGACGGCCUCGCGGGGCUCGACGCGCUCGACCUGUCCGCCAACAGGAUCCGGGCGGUGCCGCUGGGGCUGAGGCGCCUCACGCGGCUCAGCCGGCUCGACCUCUCCCGGAACGCCAUGCAGGGCAGGUUCCCCGGCGACCUUCCGCCGCUCGGUGGGGUGCGUUUCUUGAACGUGUCGUACAACAAUAUGACUGGCGCGGUGAACGCCAGUGCGGUGAAGAAGUUUGGAGCCUCGGCGUUCCUGCACGCCGGCAAUGCGUCGUUAGUGUUCUCGAAGGACUCUGCUGCGCCUGCGCCGCGUAGGGCGCCUCCACCAUCGCCGCCGCCCCCGCCACGAGGAGCAAGUACAAAGAAGGAUCCGGCGAGGAAGGCGAAGAGCACGGCCACGGAAGCGAAAGGAAAUAAGCAUCUGGGCGUGGUCGCCGUGGCGGUGGUGUGCGGGGUCGCAUCGGUGAUCGUUCUGCUCUGCUUGGUCGGAUCCGUGGCGUGCGGGGUAGUGAGGUGCAGGAGGAGGAAGAGCGGAGGCAAGGAGACGGAGGACAAGAAGGCGCAACCAUGGGGCGGUGAGAAGGAGGAGGAAGAAGUGGCGGUGCCGGCCGCAGCCGCAAAGGGGGCGUCGGCUGCAACGGUGGUGCUCUUCGAGCGGCCACUGAUGGAGCUGACUUUGGCCGACCUGGCCGCGGCCACGUCCGGGUUCGGGCGCGAGUCCCAGCUCGCGGAGCGCGGCGGCCGCAGCGGCGCCGCGUACCGCGCCGUUCUCCCGGGCGACCUGCACGUCGUCGUGCGCGUCGUGGAGGGCGGCAUGGCAGGGGUCGAGGAGGACGACGACGACCCGGCUGCCGCGGCCGCGGCGUUCCGGGAGCUCGCGCGGUUCCGGCACCCAAACAUCCUGCCGCUCCUUGGCUACUGCAUCGCAGGGAGGGAGAAGCUGCUGCUGUACGAGUACAUGGAGAAGGGCGACCUGCACCGGUGGCUGCACGAGCUGCCCGCGGGGCGCCCCGACACGGACGACGACGGCGGCGACAUCUGGGAGACGGCGGCGGAGGAGAAGCGGUCCAUCUCAGACUGGCCGACCCGGCACCGCAUCGCGCUGGGCGUGGCCCGGGGGCUGGCGUUCCUGCACCAGGGGUGGGCGGGGUCGGGCCGCGCCGUCGUGCACGGCCACCUGGUCCCGGCGAACGUGCUCCUCGGCGACGACCUGGAGCCCCGGAUCUCCGACUUCGGGCACCUCGGCGGCGGGGAGGACGCGACGGCGGAGGGCGACGUGUACGGGUUCGGCGUGCUGGUGCUGGAGCUGAUGACGGGGCAGGGGCGGUGGGACGAGGCGUCCGUGAGCUGGGCGCGGGGCAUCGUGCGCGACGGCAAGGCGCUCGACAUCGUCGACCCCAGGGUGCACGGCGAGGCGGCGGCCGGGCCGGAGGCGGAGCGGGAGAUGGUGGAGUGCCUAAGGGUGGGGUACCUCUGCACGGCGCAGGCGCCGGACAAGAGGCCGACGAUGCAGCAGGUCGUGGGGGUGCUCAAGGACAUCCGGCCGGCAGCCCGUGCGCCUCACGGUGGCGACGAUGCAUGA